UUCCGUACCUCGCAGUGUUCAAGGGGGCGGGCAGCUAACUUGCAACGAUGGCGUUGCAGCUGCAGAUUUGCACCCUGAAGGGUCAAACCCUAACGUUGGCCGCAAGCUCCACAGAUACAGUGUCUGCUCUGGCGAUGCGACUGCGACGUGCCUGUGGGGAUGUCACCAAUACGGGUCCGGCCUUUUGCUUGUGCCACGCCAAAGGUGACAGCUUUAUGCCACUGGAUGAGAGCAUGUCCCUGGCGGCUUUAGGUGUCCGCGAUGGUGCCAGACUCUUUGCGCGAAGACCGCAGCAUGCGGCAGGGGCCACCUUCGAAGCCACAUACGAGACGACGGCGCCCGCGUUUCUGCAACAAGCGGUUCCAACCGCCUGAAGAGAGAAGGACGGCUGUUUUUCGUGCGGAAAAC